AUGGCCUUCCCCGUCCACGCCACCGCGCCCCACGCUGCCCCCUUCCAUGACGUCAAGAAGAUCAGCAUCAUGGCCAAGCCCUGUGGGGACAAGACAGGCCCGGGCAGCGGAGCCUCGCCAGGGCUCUGCAUCGCCCUGUGCCUGUGGGGCACCGUGGCCCAGAAUAAUGGCGUACAAGGUACCACUGAGGACUGCAACAACCAUGUGCUCUGCCCGUCAAACGCCAAGUGUGUAAACAACACCCACUGCACCUGCCUGGAUGGGUACUGGUCAGGAAAGAAUCGCUUCUUCACCGACGUAACGGAGAUCUGUGACGAUAUUAACGAGUGUCUGGAGCCGAGCCCACCAGACUGUGGAGGCAACACAAACUGCUACAACACGGCUGGGUCUUACUUCUGCACCUGCGCCAAUGGCUACGAAACCAGCUCUGGGAAAACCAACUUCACACACGCGAGUGAGAACACCUGCCAGGAUAUCGACGAGUGUCGGGGCCCGAGCCCGGCAGACUGCGGACCCCACGCAAACUGCACCAACGUGCCUGGGAGUUACUCCUGCAGCUGCAUCGAUGGCUACGAGCCCAGCUCUGGGAAAGCCAACUUCACACACGCGAGGGAGAACACCUGCCAAGUUAUUGACGAGUGUCGGGGCCCGAGCCCGGCAGACUGCGGACCCCACGCAAACUGCACCAACGUGUCUGGGAAUUACUCCUGCAGCUGCACCGAUGGCUACGAGCCCAGCUCUGGGAAAGCCCAGUUCACGGACGCGAGGGAGAACACCUGCCAGGACAUUGACGAGUGCCAGCGAAACGCCACAGUCUGUGAGCCCCACGGGAACUGCAUCAACAUGCCAGGGAGUUACAGGUGUAAAUGCAGUUGGGGAUUUGGGAAGAGUCAAAGGGAUUCGUCUAAGAUCUGCACAGACAUCGACGAGUGCCGCACGAUCCCAGAUAUCUGCGGCCCCAAUGCCACGUGUAUCAACACUAUAGGGAGCUACCGGUGUGAGUGCCGGGCCGGCUACGUCCCCUCUAACAGGAACACGACCCUGUGCCAAGUCCCCAGCAUGAACUCCAGUGCUGAGUUCGAGGGAAUCAAAGAGACAUGCAGGAACUUCUCUCUGCAGGUAAAGCGGAGCAGCGGAAACAGCAGUUGUUGCAAUUUCUUUAAUUCGACCUUAGAGAUUCUGACGUCCACGUGUGGAGACGGGAGUGCGACGUUAUCACUGGAGAACACGACUCGCUCUUUCAACUCCCUCCUGAACAGCGCCUCCCUCUGGGAGGUCAGAGACAAGCAGGAGGUGGGGUGGGCCGUGACGGUCCUGCUGCAGAGCGUGGAACUGGCCGCACUGGCCGCUGCGCUCCGGUCCCCGGAGAGGACAACACAGAACGUGACGACAGAGUCUCUGGCUAUCCAGACGCAGCUCGUCACUGGGGACUGCAGCCGGGACAGCGAGGUCUUCACGCUGAGAGCUCACAACGACACGAUGGGAGUGCACUGUGAUACAGUCACCGGGGCAGCCACACACGCAGGUUUGGGGGCUGCUGCUUUUAUUUCCUACUCCACCCUGGACUCCAUCAUCAGUGCGAGACAUCUCAGCGAGGGAAAUCUACCGGCUUGUGGGAAGCUGGAGAAGAGUCAUCUCAACUCCAGGGUGGUGAGCGGGGCCGUCGGAGACGGGAGACCCAUUAACCUCUCCAGACCCGCAAACUUCACCCUGCGCCACAGCCAGGACAAAAAACGGGAGGAAGAGGCUCUCUGCGUCUACUGGAAAGUAGUGGCCGAGAGCGGAAGCUGGUCUCCGGACGGCUGCACCGCCGUGCACACGAACAGCACUCACACCACCUGCCGCUGUGACCAUCUCUCCAGCUUCGCCGUCCUAAUGGCUCCCACCACAGUGACGGAGAGUUAUCCACUGACCGUCGUCACCUACGUGGGACUGACCUUCUCCCUGCUGUGCCUCCUCCUCGCCAUCCUCACCUUCCUCCUUUGCCGCUCCAUCCGCAACGUCAGCACCUCCUUCCACCUGCAGCUCUGCCUCUGCCUCUUCCUGGCCGACCUGCUCUUCCUUAUCGCGCUGACCCGCACCGGCAGCUGGGUGGCGUGUGCUGUCAUAGCUGGCUUCCUACACUACCUCUUCCUGGCCUGCUUCACCUGGAUGUUCCUGGAGGGGCUGCACCUCUUCCUCACCGUCCGGAACCUGCAGGUCGUGAACUAUACCAGCGCCAGCCGGUUCAAGAAGAGAUUCACGUACCCGUUCGGCUACGGAGUCCCAGCCCUGGUGGUGGCUAUUUCUGCAGCGGUGAAUCCUGGAGGCUACGGAACUGCCAAAUACUGCUGGCUCAGCCAGGACAGAGGCUUUCAUUGGAGCUUCCUGGGUCCAGUCUGUGCCAUAAUCCUGAUAAAUAUAACGUUCUUUGCCCUUACCCUGCGGAUCCUGAGAAACAGACUCUCCUCCCUCAAUGCAGAUGUGUCCACCCUCAGAGACCACAGGUUACUGACCUUUAAAGCCAUUGCCCAGCUCUUCAUUCUGGGCUGCACAUGGAGCCUUGGUCUCCUCCAAGUAGGACCAACAGGCAUGGUCAUGGCGUAUUUAUUCACCAUCGUCAGCAGCCUGCAGGGACCCUUCAUCUUCCUGGUGCACUGUCUCCUCAAUCGGCAGGUGAGAGAGGAGUACAGGAGAUGGAUCAAGGGAUUCCGAACGUCCAGCACGAAAUCUCAGACAUCCGAUCUAUCCAUGUCUGCUGUCCCCACCACCAGCACCAAGACACCUUGUCAGUGCAGACGAACCAUCCCCAAUGAGCAGUCAGCACCGUGA